UAUUUGAUGGCCUCUCUUGUUUUGAUUAUAAUUGUUAAAACUAGAGGUGUAUUAACAUCAGUAAUUUAUGGUCAUAUGGUCAUUCGGUUUUGGUCAGGUUACGCAUUAGCCUCUUGUUUUUGGGUCGUAUUGAAGAUAUGCUCCACACACUUUAUACGUAGAGCCAGAGCCGUAUUCAGGACAUGAUCAGGUAGAUCCUGGCGUACAAGGUCGGUAUAAGUUCAUCGCGCGUCUGGAGAAGGACCUUCUAUAAUAGAAGCGACUAAAGACGCCAACCAGGUUUAUUAAAAUGGGAGGACUAGUUCUAAUGCCUUGCCAAGAUAGUAAAGAAUAGUAAUAGUACGAGUAGUAAGAUAAUGCUCCCGAAAUAAAGUCGCAGACCUAUCCAGCGGGUUGAUCGCUCCUAUCGUUUUUACGCCUUGGCAGCAUUCUUUUUGUGCUCCAUAAUUGAGUUUAAGAAAGCCUCGCCCAUUGGACCCACGUUCCCAUGUCCUGGACAGUUGCUUGGACGGGAUUGCAUUGUCUGCGGUGAUUGACGGAAAGAGAAAAGUCACUGAAGAAUUACAAGACAAAAAGUGAAAAAGCCUUGGAAAGCGAAUCAAUAUAGACGAUAUGAAAUGAUCUGAUAUUUCUAAUUUGUGAUUUGUAUUCUUCAGCUAUGCAUUGUCUUCAAUAUCAUUAAAUAUUUAUCUUCUGACUAGGACUUCAAAAACAAUAACAAGCACAUCUUCAAAAAUCGAUCAUCAGCCGAUCGAUAACAGAGGAGCCAGUAGUGUUGUUCACUGAAAUGACAAUUCUGUUAAGAACUUUUUUUUUCUUUUUUUUUUACUUUUUUUCUGAGCCAAAAGGACAAGUCAAUACGACUGAGGACUACGACCAGUGUAUCGCUCUAUAAUCGGCAAAUUGUUUUGGUUUGUUACUUAAAUAAUCAAGACUGCGCCAAGUCAUAAUGAAGCCAAAGAAGGAAACAAAGCUACCGGCAUCCAAUUGGAUGAACAAGAGAUUCCAAUCGACGUUGAUGCGUUCUCCUGAGCCAAAUUUUGCCAUGUCCAAGGGGAUGAAAAAGAAGACUGUGUCCUUUUCACGAUUCAUCCGCGACGAUCGUGCUGCAGGGGGCCGCCCGACCAAUUGGGUAAAAAAGAAGACUGUUUCGGCGCGGCCACUCGUCCGCGCCCAUCUUUCCAUAGAGGACUUGGCCCAUCAAUUGGCCAGCAUGUCCUUGAAUAAUCUGCCGUCGAUGCAACCGCGUCGUCAUAACUCUAUCACCAACGAGUUUCCAGAUGAUCCACCUAAGCCAGCUUUCAACUGCCGCUCCUCGCUCGUCCGACGCAACUCAAUAAACCUCCCAAUUGAGGCCAAUUUUGCCAAGUCCGUGCUGAUGGGGAAUGAUGAUGAUGAUGAGGAGGAGGAGGAGGAGGAGGAGGUGGAGGUGGAGGAGGAGGAUGAAGUACAGGAUCUAAAUGAGCCAGCUACAUCGACCUCGCAGGACGCAAUCCCGAAGCCGUCCAAGAAUUUCGGCUUUACCUUCUAG